UUGUCUUAAAGCAGAGCUAACUUCAAGUGAUAUCGUAGCCGUGAAGAAAUUCAAUCGACCAGUGCAUGAUGCUGGUGAGAACAGAUUUCAAAAGGAGUUCUUGAAUGAGAUAAGGGCAUUGAUAGAUAUACGACAUCGAAACAUUGUUAAACUAUAUGGCUUUUGUUCCCAUGUGCAACAUUCCUUUUUGGUAUAUCAAUAUCUAGAAAGGGGUAGCUUGUCCCUAAUCUUGGGGAACGAAGAUACUGCCAAAGUAUUGGGCUGGAGUAAGAGAUUGAAUAUUGUUAAAGGUGUGGCAUAUGCCUUGUCUUACAUGCAUCACGAUUGCUCCCCUCCGAUUAUUCAUCGUGACAUAUCAAGUAGCAACAUCUUGCUGGAUUCUCAAUUUGAGGCUCAUGUUUCAGACUUUGGGACUGCUAAGCUUUUGGAGCUAGACUCAUCCAAUUGGACUUCCCCUGCAGGAACUUAUGGAUAUAUUGCACCAGAGCUUGCUUAUACAAUGAAGGUAACUGAGAAAUGUGAUGUAUAUAGCUUUGGGGUAUUGGCAAUCGAAGUCAUUAAAGGACAGCAUCCAGGUGAUUUCAUCUCCUUACUAUCAAUGCCGCUAGCUAUGGAGAACAUACAGGUGAAAGAUGUGUUGGACCAACGGCUUCCAUUUCCAGCAGCUCAAGUUGAAAAUGAACUUAUAAUAGUUUUAAAACUAGCCAUGAAAUGCUUAAAUGUCUAUCCCCAAUCAAGGCCGACAAUGCACAUGAUUUCUCAAGUGUUAUCGACCAAUAUUGCACAUUCCUAGAGCCAUCCAGAUGUGAAUUGCCAACUUGAAAGUUCAAAGUUGAAUAUUAUAGACUAUCUAGAUAAUAGUUAAUGAAAAUAACUGCUAAAUGUGGUAGUCUAAGAUAACUAUUAGAACUUGUUCUUUCCAUACCAAGUAUUUAUGUGUAACUUUAGUUGUUAGUUGUAUGAGUGUUAACGUAUCUUUUUUUAUCAUCUCAUGUCCUUCAAUUUAAUUCCAACUAUAUCAAUCAACC